AUGGCGCAGUCAGGCUCGAGCGCGUCACCCUUACCACAGGCGUCGACGGCAACGUUAGAGCACAGGCGAACGCGCACUCUAGAGGUGCCCAAGAAGCGCAAGGCAGACGCGGCGGACUCGCCGUCGGCAGACUCCCAGAGCGCGAAGCAUCAACGGCGGUUAGAGCUCCAAAAUGCAGCGGAAUUGUCGUCGGAUGCAACCGACGCCGGUUCUUGCACGUCAAUAUUCGGCGAGUCGACGGCCCGAUUCGAGAACUACUUCGCCUCAGAGGCACAAUUGCUCGGGUCGGGUGAAUUCGGCGUCGUGCGACAAUGCACGGACCGCACGACAGGCGAAACUUUCGCGGUGAAGACGAUUAGCAAGGAGCAGCUAGUGGACGACCGCAUGCGAGACGAGAAUCUAUCGGGUACAGACGUAACCUGCGCGAAACUCGCCGAUUUCGGCCUCGCAAUCGGACUCAAGCAGGGCGAGCGAGCCUACGGCGCAGCGGGGUCGCCGUUCUACAUGGCGCCGGAGGUACUGACAGGGGAGUACGGGGUGGAGGCGGACGUGUGGUCGCUGGGCGUGGUGCUGUACGUGCUGCUGAGCGGCAGCCCUCCGUUUUGGGGCGCGGACGACAACGGCGUGUUCCGCGCCGUGCUGGAGGCGCCGCUGGACCUGACGAGCGGCGCGUGGGCGGGGGUGUCGGCGGAGGCCAAGGGGCUGCUCCGCUGCAUGCUGCACCGCGACCCGCGCCGACGCCCCUCCGCCGCCAAACUGCUCUCCCACCCCUGGAUCCUCGUCCAUGCCUUCGGCGGCCGCGUCGUGCGCCGCGUCCUCGCCGUGCCUGCGCUGCACCAGCGCCGCAUCGCGGGGGCGGCUGCUGCGGCGGCGUCAGGAGGCGUGGUGCCGACGUCCGCGUGA